AUAAACUUGUGCUGGAGAGAGACCGUCGUUAGUCGGUCUGAUACCUCAAAACGCCCGGCGAAAAAUGCCUAGGCGUAGUCUUAGAGUGGAUGAAAGGUUUUAUCUAGCUUUACUUGAGGGUUGAAGUCUGAAAUAAAAGACAGAUAUUUGUGUUUUAGUCUGUAAAAAUCAGCUAGUAUGCGAUAAAAAACGAUUCAGAACGCGUUUAGGAACUGGACACACGGCAAGACGGAGCACCGCAGAUAACCUAACCUCAUUCUGGAUGAGACUUUAAACAUAAUACCUUUUUUGUGACUGGUUGGCACAGACUCAGGCUCCACCAUGGUGCAGAAAUAUCAGUCCCCCGUGCGCGUGUACAAACACCCCUUUGAACUGGUCAUGGAGGCCUACGAGAGAAGGUUCCCCACGUGUCACCUUAUACCCAUGUUUGUGGCCAGUGACGUCAUUAGUGAAGAAAAGAGUGAUGACGGCUCCACACACAAGAUCGAGAGGAGGUGCAAGCUGGACGUUGAUGCCCCGCGCCUUCUGAAAAGGAUUGCUGGGGUGGAUUACGUGUACUUCAUCCAGAAGAACACUCUGAACCGCCGCGAGAGAACCUUGCACAUCGAAUCCCACAACGAGACGUUCUCCAAUCGAGUCAUCAUCCAUGAGCUCUGCUGCUACUCGGUGCACCCUGAGAAUGAGGACUGGACAUGUUUUGAACAGUCGGCCAGCCUGGACAUCAAAUCGUUCUUCGGAUUUGAGAGCACUGUGGAGAAGAUUGCCAUGAAGCAGUACGCCAACAGCAUUAAAAAGGGUAAAGAAAUUAUCGAGUAUUACCUUCGGGAAUUAGAGGAGGAGGGCAUUACCCAUGUUCCCCGGUGGGGCACCAGUCCUGCCUCGCCUGUGAAAGCUGUCCUGCCCAUCACUUGCCCUGCACUGCCUGUCACUCCUGCCAUCACCAUCAUACCGCCUGUAGAGAGCUCUAAAGAAUGUCUUGCGGUCAAAGAAGGAAGCAGUCCGGUGGGCAGCCCCACUGAUGCUCUUUCUGCUACACCUGAUGACAAACUAGAUGCCGACUACAUAAACCGCUACCUGGGUGAUCUCACACCUUUUCAGGAGAGCUGCCUCAUACGCCUCCGUAGCUGGCUGCAAGAAACUCACAAGGGCAAGAUCCCCAAAGACCAGCACAUCCUGCGUUUUCUGCGAGCACGGGACUUCAAUAUGGACAAAGCGAGGGAGAUCCUUUGCCAGUCCCUCACCUGGAGGAAGCAGCACCAGGUGGAUUACCUGCUAGACACCUGGACUUCACCGCAGGUCCUCCACGACUACUACACUGGCGGCUGGCACCACCAUGACCGAGAUGGCCGUCCUCUCUAUAUCCUCCGCCUGGGACAGAUGGACACCAAGGGCCUGGUGCGGGCUCUAGGGGAGGAGUCUCUCCUCAGACAUGUCUUGUCCAUCAAUGAGGAGGGCUUGAGGAGAUGUGAGGAGAACACCAAAGUCUUUGGACGGCCUAUCAGUUGUUGGACGUGUCUGGUGGAUCUGGAGGGGCUGAACAUGAGGCAUCUCUGGCGUCCGGGUGUUAAGGCUUUGCUGAGGAUUAUUGAAGUUGUGGAAGCAAAUUAUCCUGAGACUCUUGGCCGCCUCCUCAUACUGCGAGCUCCCCGUGUUUUCCCUGUGCUCUGGACUCUGGUAAGCCCUUUCAUUGACGAGAACACACGGAAAAAGUUCCUGAUCUACGCUGGGAACGACUACCAGGGUCCAGGAGGACUGGUUGAUUACAUCGACAAAGAGAUCAUCCCUGACUUUCUAGGGGGAGAGUGCAUGUGUGAGGUUCCUGAGGGCGGCUUGGUGCCCAAGACUCUGUACCGAACACCGGAGGAGCUGGAGAACGACGAUAUCAGACUGUGGACAGAGACCAUCUACCAGAGUGCCAGCAUCUUUAAAGGAGCUCCACACGAGUUGUUGAUUGAGAUCAUCGACGCCUCCUCAGUCGUCACAUGGGAUUUUGAUGUGUGUAAAGGGGAUGUGGUCUUCAAUAUCUACCAUUCAAAGAGGGCACCUCAGCCGCCCAAGAAAGACCCACUGGCUGCUCACGGAAUCACGUCACCCGGCGGCAACAACGUGCAGCUGAUCGAUAAGUCGUGGCAGCUGGGGCAGGACUAUAGCAUGGUGGAGUCACCCCUCACCUGUAAAGAGGGCGAGAGCGUGCAGGGUUCUCACGUGACCCGCUGGCCUGGAUUCUACAUCCUGCAGUGGAAGUUCCACUCCAUGCCUGCGUGCGCCACCACUAACCUGCCUCGCGUGGACGACGUGUUGGCCACAUUGCAGGUGUCCUCUCACAAGUGUAAGGUCAUGUACUACACUGAGGUCCUGGGCUCCGAGGACUUUAGAACGGCUUGCUGCGAUGUGCAGAGUUUGGGCUCCAUGACGAGCCUGGAGUCGAGCCACAGCGGCUUCUCUCAGCUCAGCGCCGCCACAACUUCCUCCAGCCAGUCCCAGUCCAGCUCCAUGAUCUCCAGGUAGAUUCCGGAGGGCUUUUGGUUCAGGAACGUUCUGCGGCGCGUUCCGUCAGAAGAGCUGGACUCGACUGUCGAAUCAGCUCAAAGUGUGUUCCGACCUCAUCACCUCGAGUCACCUACAACCCUCUCAAAACUCUCAAACCCUUUUCAGCGAGAACCUCCUGAAGCAUGCUUGCACAACAGAAGAAGAUUAGAGGAGUAAAAUGACAGAAUUCAAAGCGACGUGGUUUUGAGUUGUUUUAAAGGGCUUGGAUCUGCGAUGCCAUAGCGCUCUGCUGGGCUGCAGGUCAGUUCACGGGCAAGUUUUUUUUUUUUUUUUCUCCUUUCUUUCUUUCUUUACUCCCCCACCCCCCUCCAGCUGUGGGUUGCGAAACAUCUGUACAUCACGACCGGAGCUGAUGCUGGACCUGGCAAUAUAAGAACCUUUGAACAGGGGUGGAUUCUGAAACGGAGGAACGUUUGAAUGCGCUGUUACACACAUGUACACACACAAGUGCACAAAAACACAGUACAUGGACUUCUAUUACUGUAUACAUUCAAUUUUUGCCAUAUCGCUGGGAGGACGUGCUUCUAGUGAAAACGUUUCUAGGUCAAAAGUGUGGGUUUCGAAACGUGGCAGGGCGUCCGCUCAGAGCAAUAACUUGGGGACAUUUCUAGCAUUUGAAUUUGUAUUUAUCAUUGGACUAUGAACCAUAGGUUCGGAGACUAUUUCAGAGUCUUCUGGGUGCUAUGUGCUCUUUAGUGCUUAGCUGUAGUGUCUGGCUGCUGGGUUUGGAGUCUAGACAGAUGUGUUUAGUGCUGUUGAAAGCAGUAAUGGUGAAAUAAAGCGUUAUAUUUAGUGCUGCUUCUAGUGGUCGUGACGCGUGUCGCAUGAAUAGUCUUUGAACUCAUGGAAAUGCCUUGACAUAGAUUGUCAGAAUUGCUACUGAUCAGUUCCUAUGCAGUUAGCCAGUGGGCCUGAGUUUUUGGGGUCAUUUUUAAGGGUUUAUAGGACAUUGCUUUUCUGGGUCACAAGAAAAUGAAUAUUUUGUAGUGAAUUCAAAUGUAGUGUAGUGUUUGAAACUCAAAAAAGUUACAAUCAGUACAGUUUUAAAGAGCAGAGAUGCAUGCAGAUCUGUUAGCUAUAUUUAUAUCAAUCAGUAAAAUGGAUCUUAAUUAAUUAGAAAAGUUACACAAGACCAUUUUGCUCUUCUUUAAAUUUGAUGUAAAUUAUUAGAUCUGUGGCACCUGUUUUACUUUCAGGAAACAAGGAGAGAUACUUGGCAACCCAAACAGUUCACACUCCAGUCCAAAUUAUAUGAUCAAAUUAAUGUCUGAAAUGAGCUGAUUGCACGCUUUUUUAAAAUAUACAAGUAGGUCAUGUGUUCUAAACGGUCAGGUUUUUUUGUAUUUUUGUUUCCUUUGCGAUGAAGACUUGAAGUGGCGAUGAUGUGAGUAAGAGUUACAACGUAGUGCAUUAUUACAGAAAAGUCAACGUACUUUUAAAAAAAGGUCAGUUUUUUUUGUGAAUGUUUGGUGAACUAUCAGAGAAAUGUAAGCGCUUUACUUGGUGACCAUUUUGGUGUGUAGAUAGUUAGGCUUAGCUCAUGUUCGAAAGACUCUGUGGCUGUGGCCGGGUGCUUGAUGAGGUCAUCAUUAAGCCAUGGUUGAAUGUCUGUGAUGUGUAGAUGCUCUGUGGGUCAGAAAUUGCUGAAAAAAUACACACAAUAUUUAACAGCAACUGACUAGCAAAACAAGUGAAUUUCUGUUUGAGUUAGCUUUAAGUUUUUUUUUUGUUUUUUUUUAAGCUGUAACCUUCUAAUCAGACUUGUCUGUCAUGCUCACUUGGUAUAACCUGGGCAGGUUUGUAUUUUUUACCACUUAAUUUCUUGUAUAUAGGUCCACACUUUAAUUAAUGAAUUAACUACAUAACUAGCAUAUUAAUUCCAAAGCAAGUUUUUGAAUUGAAUAACAGGGCUUAAUAUUAAUUACUGGAUUAUAAGCCUACAGUUUGUUAAGGGUUUAUACAAGCUUCUAUCAUGUUGUCAAGCCUGAGUUUCCAAAUGCCCUUAAGUUCAAAGAUAAUUAAUGAAUUUCAAUUUAAUAAGAAUUGUUCAGCAAAAAAAAAAAAGAUCAGCAUGGUUUAUCACUGACCCAAAUUGGUUUUCUGUCUGAGAUGUGCUUCUUUAGUACAGAAUGGGAUUGGCUAAUGUUGCUAACAAACACUGGACUUACUGUCACCAAUCUUAUCUCAGUCAGUACUUGCCAGAAUUCUAGUUUAAAGGAGAACUCCAGUGUGAAAUAAACUUUGGUUGUACCCCACCUCCAUUCAACCCCAGCGUUCUGAAAUACAGCGCUUUUAGCCGAUGCUCCCAACAAGCUUACAAUACUAGCGAUAGGGGCAUAGAGUUGCCUAUUCAAAGAAAUGGUUUUUUACACCAUUAACAAGCUCAAAGUAGCUCCACACAUUAUUGGUAGAAUUUGGAGGGCUCUGACAUUUAAAAUGAGCCACUUUGAACUUUGAAAGUGCACAGAUUUAUUUAUUAAAGAGACUGUUUUAUUUUAAUAUAUAAACUACCAUUACACUUUCAAAGUUCUACAAUCUUUGACAUUUUAAGCCUGUUGGGAUCAUCAGUUAAAAGCGGUGUAUUUAGGAAUGCUGGGGGUGAAUAGAGGUGGACUAUUCGAAUAAAGUUCACACUCGUUAUGUUUCACUACAACCCAAGUCCAUUUCACACAGGAGUUUUCCUUUAAUUGCUUUAAAAUCUAUUGAAAUGCUAUGAAAUAAAAUAGAUUUCAGAAAAUUAGUUAGCAAAAUGCAAUGAAUAGACCUUAUUUACUCACUUAAGCUGAACAGAAAGGUAAACGUGUUGCAGAGUUUCUUUUUGUGUUAGUAAGCAAGUAAGCUAAAUUAUUAUUAAAUAAGAUUCACUUUUUUGAGAUGAGAUCAGUGACAGUUCUGAUUAAGCAUGUUAUAUAUAUUACAUAGCAUGAUAUAUAUAGCUGUGCUAACCUAGCAACUCCCACUGUAACCCAAAGAAACAUGUAUUUGCUUGUCAAUUGAAUUUAGAGUCCGAAAUAAGUAAUUUUUCUUUGGAUUUCACUGAACUAAUCCUUUAAAUGGUAAAAUGAGCAUGACCAUGGGCACUCAUUCUACCGUAUAAGAUGAUCCUAACACCAAGAUGCCAUUUGUGAAUCUGAGUAAAGAUCAGUGAUUUAUGGUUAAGCAUGUUUAGACUGAAAGAAAAAAAAUGUCUGAAAGUUUAAGUUCUUGCUUUCUUAAAAAAAUAUAUAUAAUACACACACACACAAUCGAACUGUUCUCAAAUGUCUGGAGCACAGUUUUAAAACCAGUGGAUUUGAGAAGACCUUUCUACGAGCUGCCAAUCAAAAGUGAUUGUGAAAUCCGAUGGUGGUGAUGAACAUUUUAUGGCUUGAAAGAAAAAGAAAAAAAAAGAAAAAGACUCUUUCGCUUGUUGUUUAAAACUGUCAUCAGGUGAGCUGAUGGUCAUUUACAGCGGUGGACGUGGACUCUGCCCCAAACCGGUUGACUCACAGGUUUUUAUUAGUGUGAAAAGAAGAAAAGCACUCCAUUUCUGUUGCAUAAAGAUUUUUAACCUAUUUUCAAACAAAGAGUUGUUUUAAUGUAUAAAAAGAAAACGAGGAUCCUCAAGCGAAACGUUUGUAGAGUGUUGCAAUAACCACAAAAUGCUUUACUGUUUGAAGAAGAAAAAAAAAACAAUGAACUGAGGGCUGUGUUUUUUGUAUGUUUAAAGGUUGUCUGUUGUCCUAAAACUCUGUUUUUAUGUGUGUUAGUUUUGGAACCUGCUCCUCCUUAUUGUACUAUGCUCUUAAACCGUCGUUCUCAACUCAGCAUGCUAACGCUAGAUGCUAACGGUGUGCCGGUGUGAAUCUGUGUCCGUCUGGCUAAACUCCUGGAUGUUGAGCUAUACGCACGUUCUUUCCUCAACCGUUUACAGCGAACAGCGAAGCAGUAGACCGAGGCCCCUGCUGUGGCCUUCAUGUCCAAACAACGUUACAGGCUUUAGGCUGGCAAAUUGCACAAGCAGAGAAAACUCCCAAACAAGUUGUGCAGCUGACAAAAAACUGACCCUGUACAUUUUUUUUUUUAAAGCAAUGGUUUGACCAAAUAUCGGAUUUGUACACAGUUUUGUUUAGGUGUUUGGUUUGCUUCUUUAGCUUUACACUGAAAAUAUGAGACUAAUCUGACUUACAAGUAGGCCUAGAGAAAGUGCAGAAAGUGUACUUUUGUAAUGUUAGCUAUAUUAGUAUCACAGUUCCAACCGCAAAACUUCUUCUUCUGUUUCUACCAGGCUAAAUGUGCAAAUAUGAAGCUAACAAAAGCAAUAUAGAAGAAACGCCUCGUAAGUUGGCAUUGCUUAAAGCUUCCAUUAUGUUUUGGCUAAAACAGCCUCAGUUAUUGAAAUAAAAUCUGUUCAGUGCAAUGUGUAUGUAGCAACACAGCUAGUGUAAUGUAGUUUUUUACUGCUUGUUGACUAUUUUAGCCUCAAUACAAAAUGAAAUGAAACUUGCACUGCGUCUCUCAAAGUGUAGUGUGGCUAACAAAUAGACUUAAUAGAAAUAGCAGUGCUAAUUGUUUGGCUAUGGCUUGUAUUGCUGCAAGGCUAAUGCAUCCCAUAUGAUGCUAACUAAUAAUAGUGUAUACAGUACAAAUCCAUUUUGUUGCUACAUUACAUUAUAACCACAUUGUUCUUUAAGACACCGAAGCUAACCAGCAACAGUUUUUUUUUUUUUUUUUUUUGCCUUUGUUAUGUCAGCCUCAAAACCCCAUUAGAAAACAAAACAAAAGUUAAAUUGCUUUAGUAGAACUGCAGUGUCUUAAAAGAAGUACCUAACAGAAGUAACAAUGCUAAUUAUUUGGCUAAGCUUCUGUUGCUACUAAGCAAAUACAUAAGAGAUAUUACUUGUGAACUGCAUUAACCUUUAUCUACUUCAUGACAGGAGGAUUCCACUGCUUGUUAGCUACAUUAGCCUCAUAGCUCCAGUGUAAAAGCAAUCUUCAGACACCAAAUAUGUUUUAUCUGAUCUGCUAUGUUUUACACAUGAGAUCUAAAACUGAGUCACUUCAGUUUUAGAAAUUAUCCACUUGUACAGUAACGCAUUCAGCCGUAUAUAUAAACACCUUUUCAUGUGAUUUUUCUCACUGUUCAUAUACAUUUCAUUUCACAGGGUCACUGACUAUUUGGGCUCCCAUGAUGUAAAUCCGAACCCGCUUCCACCUGAGCCAAAUUCUUGUCAGCAUGUUUUCAGUAGUAACGAAGCUUAGCUUAGCUUAGCGUAGAAAUGUCAGGUCAGUGUUUCUCAUUCCAGAGUGUUUGCUCACCUUGGCUUAUGAGGGCUAUAAGUGUGUGUCUGUGUCUUUGGUCUCUGCUGUGUUUGUCAUUGUGUCUCAUUCUCAGUCAGCACAUACUGUAACCCCCUCCAUCAUAAACACUGCAUAUCUUUACUCUGAGGAUUAUUAUAUGUGUAAAAAAGAUUUUUUGAAUUAAUAUACAAAAUAGCGCCUUUACAUUUUUGAAACUAUUAAACUUGAAUUAUGAGA